GAGCGAAGAGAAGACCUUAAAGAGGAAAGUCGCGACUGCGAUGAAAACAAGGAGGAGUCAAGCUACCAUCAAGAUAAACUGGAAGACGAUAGUGGACGAGGGUCGUUGGAGGACAUUUGCAUUGCAAUUGCACCCUGCAUCGGCAAAACACCAAUAGAAGACAGCAGGGUCUUGGAUGUUCAAGACGAAGCUGAGUUAGAUAACAUUUCAGAAAAAGGAGCUGAUAAUGGUGAGAAUUCCUGGGACGCUUUGGAUGAUAUCAGAUUGCGCUGUGGUCCUUCAGGAAGCUGUGUUCCUUGUCUAAAUGGAGAUGUCUGCAUGAAGUUAAGAGAUAUGGAUAUCAUCUCUCCUAUUAUUGAGUUAUACAAGAAAGACAAUGAAAAGCUUGUGGACCAAGGUGCUUUGACGAAGAGAGAAAUUGAAGAAGUUCAAAGUGAAAGUUUGCAGACUGAGAUUGAAGCAUUAAGAUUUGAACUCAAGCGUCUCAAUUCUAAUGAAGAAUACAGAGAAAGAGCAUUUACAAAUCUAAGAGAAGCCAUCAAGAAAAAAGAUGGGCAGCUUAAGGAUUUAAAAGAUGAACUGGACUAUGCGCAGAUGGAAAAGAACUAUUACUUGUAUCAAAUCGAGCUGUUAGAGAAUAAGCUGAAAGACAGCGAAGAAAGCAAAGAAAAUCUUCGAUUUGAAUGUGACGAACUGAGGGUGAUCUUUGACGAGUUAAAAGAAAAAAAGGACGGCCAAGGCAACUUCGUGGAGAUGGAAAAGAGCCACUACUUGUACCAAAUCGAACUGUUAGAGAAUAAGCUGAAAGACAGCGAAGAAAGCAAAGAAAAUCUUCGAUUUGAAUUUGACGAACUGAGGGUGAUCGUUGACGAGUUAAAAGAAAAAAAGGAAGGUGAAGAAAACUUCUUGGAGAUGGAAAAGAGCUAUUACUUGUAUCAAAUCGAACUGUUAGAGAAUAAGCUGAAAGACAGCGAAGAAAGCAAAGAAAAUCUUCGAUUUGAAUUUGACGAACUGAGGGUGAUCGUUGACGAGUUAAAAGAAAAAAAGGAAGGUGAAGAAAACUUCUUGGAGAUGGAAAAGAGCUAUUACUUGUAUCAAAUCGAACUGUUAGAAAAAAAGCUGAAGGACAGCGAAGAAAGCAAAGAAAAUCUUCUAUUUGAAUGUGACGAACUGAGGGUGAUCGUUGACGAGUUAAAAGAAAAAAAGGACGGCGAAGACAACUUCGCGGAGAUGGAAAAGAGCUAUUACUUGUAUCAAAUCGAACUGUUGGAGGUUAAGCUGAAAGAAAGCAAAGAAAGCAACGAAGUUCUACAAUUCGAAUGCGAUGAAGCAAGGGAGAUGUUAAAGGAUUUAAAAGAAACGACUCGUCGUAUAAACAGUGAAGGCAUUGAUUAUGGGUAUUUACGUGAAGAAGUUGAACUGUUGAAAGGUUCCCUGGAAUUGGGUAAAAAUCGAGAGGAAGGGUUAAAGAGUCAGUUGAAAUUCCUGGAGGAUGAACUUGAGAAGUUCAGAAACAAGAACAAACAGAUUGAAGUUAUCUAUGAAACGCCAACAGUCACCAUUUAUAAAGAAAAAGGCAAGAUGGCUUUAGAAUUGUCAAAAACAUCGGAUAAAGAAAACGUUGAAUUCAAAGAGCUGCUAAAGCAAAUAGAAGAACUCACUGAACAAAACAAGUAUCUCCAGGAAACGUUGACCACCAAGACACCGGCAGUGGAUGAAGAGAAAAAUCCCGAGACGAUUUUGGACGCGAAACAGAAAAAGUUCAAAUCUGGAAUUAAGAAGCUUAAAAAGCGCAUUCGACAUUCGCAUUCUAGCGAUGCUAGAGAUUCGGCAUUAUGGAUGAGCCUGCUGAAGGAAGAAAGAAAAGAACUGGCUUAUGUAAGAAACUCUUUGAAACUACAAACCCAAACAAGCCGUGAUAAGGAGAGAGAAUUAGAGAACAGCAAACAACGCCUUCAGCAGAAAGAGACUGAACUGGUAGAAGCGCAGGAAGGUUUGAGACACGUGAGUGAGACUGCUGGUGCUCUGCAAAAUGUUGUUGAACAGAUCGUAGAUUUCUUG